AUUGUGGCGGGUCACGUGAGGCCCUGGAGAAGGGGUUGAGCAGCACCGCGGCAGCCGCCGCCGAGAGCCGACCGAGCCAGGAAGCGAAGGACUGGCUGGCUGUGGCUGCGGCUAAGUUGGGCUGGGCGCAGUCCUGGCGGAGGGAGGGGGAACCGAAUCAAGGCGAGGCCCGGCGCUGGGGCAGCGGCUCCCUCCGGAUUGCACUCCGAUUUUCCUGAUUUAUUUUUAUUUUUUUGCUUGUCCUUGCUCCUUUUGAGGACUCCACAUUUUACUCUUUCUCGCAGCCGAUUGAUUGAUUGAUUGGCUAUUGAUCGAUUAAAGGGGCCUUGCCGCUCGGGAGACGCGAAGCCGGGAUCAGAUUGAGCCGCUGCUCCUUUAAGCCAAGCCGGUGUGGGGAGGAGGGGAAAUCCUGCGAUGCGCCCUUGAUCUUUAGUCAUCCUUCCGCCCUUGAGUUCCUUCAUACCCCCCUUUCCAUUCCCUCCUCCCCUUCACACCAACCCUAAUUUGCGCUUUCACCACCCCCGGGAGAAGGAGAGGAAGAGGCAGCAGCAUCGCUACCUAUUCUCCCAUAGGCACCCCCCCCCACUUCUUGAUUGCCACCCCGUCGAUCUAUUCAAAGGACCCCAUUUAAUUUUUUUUAUUGUGCUAUUUUGCAUCCCCACCCUUAGAAGCUGCAUUAUAUUGCAAACCUUGUGGCUUAUAAUAUUUUUAAUCUGCUGCAUGGGAAUCUUUUCUUCCUAAAUAGACAGAGCUUUCGGCUUAGCUUUCCCCCCACCCAACGCCUUGAAUGGGGAAAAGAUUUUUUAAAAUCCGUUUAGGCUUUCUGUAUCAGAUUUUAAUAAUCCAUAAAUGGUCCUUCUUUUUAUUUAUCGCCUAGUUUACAGGAUCCGGAACUCUCGUUUUCUUCCCGGCUUUCCUUACUGUGUGAUAGUGUGGUGAUAGGUAGCAGUCCCUCUUCCCCCUCCCCCCGCUUUAAUUUUCGAUUUGUCUUUCUCUUGGGUUGAAACUGUGGAUCUGCUUUAUGUUGUUGUUCCUUCUGCGUGUGGCAAAGGUGCAAGAGAUCGCCUGAUGCACUAGGCUGCUAAUUAAUUUUUGGUGGUGGUAUUUGUGACGGAGAGAGAGCAAUAGGGAUAGCUGCUGAAUAUAGUUGUAUCUUUUAAAAAUAGAUUUUUUUAUUUAAAAGGGGGGGGAGACCCAAGAUGGCUGGAGGUGGUUGUGAGGAGCAUGUAGGAUUUUUUUUGAUCUGAUGAUAAAAGCUAAAAGGCACAGCAGCUGCGGCUGUAUAAACUCAAUUUAGAGCCCUCCCUUUCUCUCCCUUUUCUCCUCCCCCCCAACUGAAACAUCAGGCACACACUUUGCAGGGUGGUGCCAUCCACCAGCUCCCCCCUUUCCUUUUACAGAUUUUUUCCUACUUUCACUCACACAUAGACACAGACACACACACACACACUCACACUCCAAUUAAAAAACCCCAGCUCAAAAUGGCUGAGGACUAACAGAGUCCUCCUGGAAUUGUACAUUUCAGCAGUUCCCUUUAAGCGUGUUUGUGUGUGUGUCUGUCUUCUCUCCUCUCUCCCCCACCCCCUUUACAGGCUGGUUCCAAAAGGAGAAAUAGCUUUCAUGUCAAAAGGAAAACAGAGAAGCAAAGGGGAAGAAGCGGGGGCUGGGCUCUUCAUUAGCAGUUGAGAAAUUCCUUUUCAGUUUGAUCAAGGCAUACUUGUUUUCCUUCCAGCAAGAGCAACCCAUCACUCUCCAAAAGACUGAGGAUUUUGGAGAGGGGAGUAUUGUUUCCAUUUCAGUCUUAUUAAAGUAAAAAAGAGAGUCAGAUUUUGAGAAGGAGAAAUCCCAGGGUGUUUGGGGAGCAGGUUGAUUCUCUUGGUUGAAUUUGUCUUCAGCGGAUUCUACCCUCCAGAGUCUGUAUAUCUUUUUUUUUUACCCCUUCUCAUUCCUAUUUGUGAAAGGAUGGGAGGUUCCUUUUGGCUCUGGGCUGGAAUUUCAUCCAAAUGAUUGACCAGUCUUCCUACUGAGAUUGCACUGUCCCAAAGCCAAGGAUUUCUUUUUCCAAUUUUUGCACCAUUCAGAUACAUUAGAAGCUAGUUCUGCAAUUUUUAUCUUUUUGUUUUUUAAUCUUGCAUUUGGAUUUUAUCUCCAGCUUCUUUGUGGUGAAAGACUUGAAUUCUGAACUCUCUUAUGGGAAGAAAAAGAAUUUGGAAAGGGAUUCUUGGGUUUAGUCAAGAGGAAUAGAAAGUUCCUUCAAAAUAUCAAAUGUUGGGUGAAGGCUUGUGAUAAAAAUACUGAACUGGCAGUUUUAGGAGAUUUAUAUGGAAUUUGGACUCCUUCCUUCUGGAUUUUGUAUGGAUUUUUCCCAGUUCUCGCAACUUAGUGGCCUUUCUGUUGCAAAAGUGGAAACUCAUCUGUGUCGGUAGACCAAAAACUGACUUUUAAAAGAUAAUUUUGUUUUAUAAGAAUUUGUCUUGGUGAGACAUGGCUGAAAACUGGAAGAACUGUUUUGAAGAAGAGCUUAUAUGCCCCAUCUGUCUGCAUGUCUUUGUGGAACCUGUCCAGCUUCCUUGUAAGCACAAUUUCUGUAGGGGAUGCAUAGGAGAGGCAUGGGCCAAAGAGACCGGGCUUGUGCGUUGUCCUGAAUGUAACCAGGCCUACAACCAGAAGCCCAACCUUGAGAAAAACUUAAAGCUGACCAACAUUGUGGAGAAAUUCAACUCUCUCAACCUGGAAAAGACCCCUUCAGUCUUGCACUGUGUCUUCUGCCGCCGCGGGCCGCCACUGCCUGCCCAGAAGAUCUGUUUAAGAUGUGAGGCACCAUGCUGCCAGUCCCAUGUUCAGACGCACCUGCAGCAGCCCUCUACAGCGCGUGGGCACCUCCUGGUGGAGGCAGAUGACGUCAGGGCCUGGAGUUGCCCCCAGCACAAUGCCUACCGACUGUACCACUGCGAGGCCGAGCAAGUUGCUGUCUGCCAGUUCUGUUGCUACUACAGUGGGGCACACCAAGGCCACUCGGUGUGUGAUGUGGAGAUUCGGCGCAAUGAGAUCAGGAAGAUGCUAGUGAAGCAGCAGGACCGUCUUGAGGAGCGUGAACAAGACAUCGAAGAGCAGCUGUACAAGUUGGAGUCUGACAAGCGGCUGGUUGAAGAGAAAGUGAAUCAGCUGAAGGACGAGGUGCGCCUGCAGUAUGAGAAAAUGCACCAGAUCCUUGAUGAGGACCUGCGCAAGACUAUGGAGAUCCUAGACAAGGCCCAGGCUAAGUUCUGCAAUGAGAAUGCUGCCCAGGUGCUGCACCUCAGUGAGCGUAUGCAGGAGGCCAAGAAGCUGCUCAGCUCUGUUCAGGUCAUGUAUGACAAGACCGAGGACAUCAACUUCAUGAAGAAUACCAAGUCAGUGAAAAUCUUGAUGGAUAGGACCCAGAACUGCACAGGAGGCAGCCUGCCCCCUCCCAAGAUUGGCCACCUCAACUCCAAGCUCUUCCUGAAUGAGAUUGCCAAGAAGGAAAAACAACUGAGGAAGCUGCUAGAAGGUCCCUUCAGCACCCCGGUGCCCUUCCUGCAGAGCAUCCCUAUGUACCCUUGCAAUGUCAGCAACUCAGGAGCCGAGAAACGCAAGCACUCCACAGCUUUCCCAGAAGGCAGCUUCUUGGAGCCGUCCUCGGGACCUGUUGCCAGCCAGUAUGUGAGCCAGGGGGCUUCAGCUGGCGAAGGCCAGUCUGCACAACCCAUGGUGCCUUGUAGCUCCACCCAGCACAUAGUUGGACUCCCCAGCGGCCCCCAGCCGGUUCACUCUGGCUCGAUGUUCAACCCGUCUCAUUACCCCAACAGCACAUCAUCUCAGCAGUCCGUGCUGUCUCAGUAUGGUGGGCGCAAAAUCCUCGUCUGCUCAGUGGACAACUGUUACUGUUCUUCAGUAUCCAAUCAUACCCAGCAUCAACCAUACCCACGGUCAGGCCACUUUCCCUGGACAGUGUCAUCGCAGGAAUAUUCCCACCCACUCCCACCUGCUCCGUCUGUACCUCAGUCGCUUCCAGGAUUGGCAGUGAGAGAAUGGAUUGAUGCAUCUCAGCAACAUGGACGCCAGGAUUUCUAUAGAGUUUAUGGUCAGCCUUCCACCAAACACUAUGUUACCAGUUAACCAUCUGGUUUGAAUAGAAUCUUGUUCCUUUUUGAGACCUUUUUAAAAAUCUAGGGGGUUUUUUUUUGGUUGUCGCUUGUUUUUAAAUCAAAUCAAUUUCCAUUUAUCCCUAUCACUUGACAGAGUCAGAGGGGCACUGCUAUGAUCUCUAUUUUUAAUUUAAUUUUUAAAAAUCCUCCCUUGUACCAGGGGUGGGGAGGGGGAAGCUAUGGAAGAAAUGAACAAGGAUUUCAAUCAAGCAUAUACUUCUGGAUCAUGUGAUGUUGCUACUUUCCAGUUUGGAAAACUUUUUAAAGGGACAAAUGAUCCUUUUCUGUUUUGAAGUCUCUGGGUUCUUUGGUUUUGCUUUUAAAAUUCUUUUUCCUUCCCAUUUUUAAGAGAUGAAAAUUUCUAUAAUUGAUUCAUUAAGAAAAUGACAUUUGUAGGUUUUUUUAAAAAGGCUGAUUCUUUUUUUGUGUUUAAAAGGCCACGUAUCGUGCAUAUUGGCAUUUUUCUUCUUUCAGAGAUUUGUAAAUACACAAUGGCAGGAAAUGAAAUGCACAAAAAAGGGAAAAGAAACUAAAAAAAAAAAAGAAAUAAAAAAAACUGUUAGUUUCCAGGAGGGAAGUGUGCACUAAGAUGCACAUGUUUCUUCCUGUGUUUCGUUGAUGCAACUUCCUCUAACAAGCACUUUGUAUUAAAAAAAAGUGGACUUCCUGUUAUAAGGCGCAGGUAUUUAUUCUGUAACCAAUUUUAGAACACACACACAAAAUAUUCAAAUAAAUGUGAUCACUUAGUGCAAA